CGCACCGUGUGUGAUUAAUUUAAAAAUGGAUAUCUACAUUUUUGCUAUGUGACAAUUACGCGAAAAAUAAGUCGCAAAGCAAUGAAGAUUAAAUCCAUCCUUGGCAUUUUCCGGACGGAAAAGAUGGCCGAUGAAAGCAGCAGGGACGCGUUGAGCGGCAGCGACGACGAUGAAGCUGACGUGGAGGACGAGUUUUCCCAUCUGCCGGAACUCUGUGGGGUGCUGAGCAAGUGGACGAACUACAUUCACGGCUGGCAGGAUAGGUUCAUCGUCGUGAAGAACGGGACGAUCAGUUACUACAAAUCAGAGGAAGAAGCUUCUGUGGGCUGCAGAGGAACUGUCAGUCUGUCGAAGGCCGUUAUUUCGGCCCAUGAGUUUGAUGAUUGCAGAUUUGAUGUUGGCAUAAAUGACUGUUUGUGGUACCUUCGCGCCCAAUCAUCAGAGGAAAGAUUGAAGUGGAUGGCCGUUCUCGAGAAGCAUAAGCAAGCGGAAUCGGGUUAUGGCAGCGAGAAUUCAUUACGUCGCCACGGUUCUCACCUCUCAUUGGCUUCCACAGCCAGCUUAUCAACUGCCUCCGCAUCCUCUUUCAAGCGUGGGAGGGGCUUGCAAGAGAAGUUACUCGAGAUGGAGACAUUCAAGGACACCUUGUACAGGCAGGUCGACAACCUUCAAAAUUAUUUCGACGCCUGUGCUUCAGUUGUCACUCAAUACACUGUACAUGAUUCGACAACAACAACAUCAUCGUCAUCCAACUCUAACAACAACAACAACAACCAACUACUGAGUGUUUUGAGGCAGCAUGGAGCCCAUGCGGUUGAUUUCAAAGGUGAAUCUAUCAACUUCAAAUCCACAGCUCAUGGUAUAUUGGCCACCAUGGCGCAUUGUAUUGAGCUGAUGUCCCAGAGAGAAGAAGCUUGGAAGAAAAAACUUGAAAGGGAGAUUGAGAAGCGCAAGAGACUAGAGGAUGGGUACAAGCAUAUCCUCACUGAAAAGUUGAAGCCCGUCAUCAAAGGAGGACCAGACUAUGAGGAAGGACCACACAGCAUGCUUAAUGACGAGGAAUUUUUCGACGCCAUCGAUGCCACCUUGGACAAGAUGGAGAAGGAGGAAGAGGAAAAGCUGAAGUUACAAACCAUCGAACUGAGGUCUCCACCACCGAAAAUGCCACAAACAUGUCUGGAGCCGACGCAUCCAUUAUAUAGCGAGAUCAACAGAAUCGUAGAUGACCACAUAAAGCACGCAGACAUGUCGGCCAACGACGUCGCCGACACCUGGACCCUGGUGGCCUCCGAGGGUGAGAUGAAGGUUUACAAGAGGGAGGUGGAUGACGGGGGAGAGGUCGUCUACCCCCUCAAAGCUGUGCACACUGUUAAGGGCAUAACAGGGCACGAAUUAUGCUACUACUUCUGGGAACCGAGUGUCCGUCUGGAGUGGGAGUCGACUCUCGAAACGACAGAAGUCAUUGAAUGGCUGUCUUCAGAUACACAUAUCACUUGCCAGGUACUGAAGCGUGUGUGGCCCGCCGCUCAGAGGGACUCGAUGUUUUGGUCGACCAUCCGCCACUGCCCACCGGAGGAUGAGGACUCCCCUGAUUAUUGGAUCGUAGCCAAUCAUUCGACCGAUUAUCUUCCAUCGCCCCCUGACUUGCCGAAAUGUAUCAGGCUACAGUUUAACGUCGCCAUGAUUGCUCAGACAAUAGUUCAACCUCCAGCCAAUUGGGAUGGGACGAUGGUGAGAGAUGCACUGACCUGCAGAAUACAGUAUUCCGCUAAUGUCAAUCCAGGCGGGUGGGUGCCGUCGUCUGUCAUACAGGCCAUCUGCAAGAGGGAGGCUCCAAAAUUCCUCAAAAAUUUCACCAAUUUCGUAAUUGAAAAGACAAAGAACCAGCCAAUCAUGAUUUGAGUUUUUGAAUUUUGAACGAACAGCCAGCCAAUCAAGAUUCAAAUUUUUUCAAAUUCGGUAAUCGGGGCAGCCAGUCAGGUUUGAAUUUUAAAAUUUCACUGACGUCGCCGAUGGUCAAUUGAAAUUUGAGUCCUUCUUAUUUCUAACUGGUUUAAUUAGAUGGUUUUUGAUUGGUCGUUUGAUGAACUGGUAAGUUCUAAUCUAGAGAUUUGAUUGGUCGGAUAAUUUUAAUCCUUAGCGAUUAGCGACAGUAUUUAUACAUUUUUUAUUUAUUUAUUAUUAUUGUAUGUUACGACUGAUUAUUUUUUUUAAUCAAUAUCAUUGCAAAGUAUUUAACCAAGCUUGCAUGCCAUACGCUGCAUAAAAGGAAUGAGUGAAUUCUUGAUUGAACUAACUAAUGAAUGAUUAAACUAACUAAUAAACGAAUGGAAACAUUAACGAACUUUUCAGUAUAGAAAAAAUUAGUGUAUAAAUGAAUGAAUGAUUGAGCGAAUGAAUGGCAAGAUGAGUGAGUGAAUGAAUUUAUAUUAUUUAUCCAUUGUUGCACUUAUAUAAAAAUUAUAUAUGUAUGUAUAUACACAGGUAUAAAUACAUAUAUAAAUAAUAUAAUAUAUAUUAUAAACGGUUUAUUAUGACGAGAAAUAAAAUCAAUGAUUUUAAUUAAUUUUCUUCGAAGUUUAAUGCCAAUAUUACAAAAAAUGUAUGCCAUUUUUGGAUAACAAUCGUUAAAUGAAAUA